AUGGCGCCUCUCGAUCCCAGCAUCGAUCGCAUCCAGCGGUGUCUAGACGAGGUGGUGCAGUCUGUCGGCCAGUUCCGAUACCCUGCAAUCUCGCUUAGCCACCAGAAUGCACGGUACGAAUUGCUGGUCAAGGCGAUGCACCUAGUGCAGGCCAUUCGCGGGCCUGCCGAUCUGGUCUUCGCCAAUCUGGGCGCUAUCCGCACGCUUCUCGAAGCCGGAGUAUUCGAUGUCAUCCCGGUCAGCGGCCAGAGCAUGUCAGCCACGGACAUAGCAGCCCGUACUGGGGUGAUGCGCAUGAUGCGGGCUGUCACGCCCUUCGGACCGUUUCGCGAGACCGGCGAGGAGGAGUUGCCUUGUCAGUCAACCAGCAACUGUCCGCUCACCAUCCGAUGUCGGGAUAUCACGGUCGAUGAAUACUGCCCGGCGAUGCUGCGCACCCACGAAUUCCUCCGCCAACACCAGUGGCAGGAUCGCAUGGGCCUGCGCAGCAACCCAUACACUCUCGUACAUCUCUGCGAGGGCCAGACGAUGUUCGAGCACAUCUCCCAGAGUCCCGAGCGACUGACCCGACUCAACAACGCGAUGGUCGCCGAGGACUCCCUCCUGGCCGAGAUCGGGCUGUACCCGUUCGUGAAGCGACUGAGUCCGCUGGCGCAGGCGGAUCAGCCGACCAUCGUCGACAUCGGGGGUGGACGAGGCCACAUCAUGCGCCAGAUCAAGCAGAACACCCCCAGCCUAGCGGGACGGUUCAUCCUCCAAGACCGCGCCAGUGUCAUUAGCGACAAUGGGCCGGAGAUGACCCGCCAUGGCAUCGAGCCGAUGGCCCAUGACUUCUUCACCCCGCAGCCUGUAAAAGGCGCAUUAGUGUACUACAUCCGCCGCGUGUUGCACGACUGGCCCGACGCAGAGGUCCGAGAGAUCCUCACGCAGCUGGCCGCCGCGAUGGACCGGGAGAAAUCCCGCCUCCUCAUCACGGAGACGAUCCUGCCCGCGGUCGGCGCCACCAUGGCCUACGCCUACAUGGAUCACACGAUGAUGACGUUUGGCGGGACCGAGCGGACGGCCAAGGACUUCGCGCGCCUGUUCGACGCGGCGGGGCUGCGGUUGGUCCAGGUCUGGGAGAGCCCCGGGGUGCCGAUGAGGGUCGUGGAGGCCCGCUUGAAGUGA